UUCGUGGAACCCCAGUGGCUAUUCUUUUUGCGAGAGUGAACCCGCAAUCCUACUGCGCCAGAGAGACGCUUCCCAACAAUUUCUUCUGAACCGUGCUGGACGCGGAUCUUCAAGGUCGCGCACCAGUUGUCAGAGCUGAAGACGAUAAAACCCCUCACGAAAGCCAUUCGCAAGCAGUUGUCGUCACCUGUAGGAUGGCUACGGCAAGUGCAGCUUCAUCGCCUUGGCCAGGACUCAAUAAAUACUUCGAACUGACAGAAGCCAAAGAUGACAAUUUAAUCUUUAAGUGCCUUCUGUGUCAGCCACAGCUGAAGCUCUUAAGUUGUGCCAAGUCCUCAAGCUCCAACCUGAAGAAGCAUGUAAAGAAACUACACAAACAAAGCUUGGCUGCGUUCGAGGCCCUUUCAACAAAAAAGAGGGGAAUCAUUCAAGCGUACGAGAGCCCUGGAGCGAAUUCCACACAGCCAACAAAGCAAGCCAAGAUCGACGACUUAGUCCGCCAUCAGUCCGUGCCUCAGGUGCAGCUUGACAGACUGGUUGAAGAUUUUGUUAUUAAUGCCACGCAGCCUUUCUCGGUGGUGGAGGAGCCUUCAUUUGUGAAGUUACUAAAAGCAACAGCCCCAGAGAGGAACGUGCUCACGCGUCCGAUGCUCAUGACACGCCUUAAGGCGCGCUUCGAUGCCCUGAAGGACAGUUUGCGCUCAACGUUUCAGAAGCUCCAGUUUGUGGCAGUCACCGCGGACUGCUGGACUCGCUUUCACAGGUGUUACCUUGGUGUCACGGUCCUUUGGCUGGACCCGACAACUUUAGAAAGAAAGGUCGCUGCCUUGGCUUGCCGCCGUAUGCACGGGAGCGUAACUUUUGAGCGGCUUGCCACCACUCUAGAGGAGAUAUUCAACGAGUUCGACCUUCUGGGCAAGAUUACGAAAGUCAUCACGGACAGCGGGUCGAAUUUCGUGAAAGCUUUUCGGAUCUACGGUGAGGAGGAAGCCAACGAUGAAGACGAAGAAAAUUGUCAGCCAGUGCAUUUAUGUUCGCUGAUCGAGAGCGCCGAAGAAGGAAGGCACCGCCUGCCACCCCACCACCGGUGCUCAGCACACACUUUGAACCUCAUCGCUACCGUUGACGCGGCUCGUGCAGAGACUGUUGAUCAGGAAUAUUCCACGAUUAAGCAAAGUGUGUUCUCCAAGUGCCAAAAGCUCUGGAAUAAGCAGGGACAGUCCGCGCAAGCAGCUGAUCUGAUCAAAUCCCACUGCGGAAUCUACGUGCCUCGGCCAAAUGUUACAAGGUGGAACUCUACCUUCAAGGCCAUGGAGGCUAUCAACACGUUUCUAGAAAGGGGAACAGACCUAGACGUCCUCUUCUGCAAGCUAGGAAUUCCGAGGCUGCUGCCACCUCACGAGCCCAACUUCAUCAAGGAGUAUUGCAGGGUCAUGAAACCUGUCUGCUGCGCCCUGAAUGUCCUGCAAGGUGACAACCACAUUCACAGUGGCUAUCUGCUUCCGACGCUGGACGUCCUCAUCAAGAAGAUCGAGUAUGAGAAGAUGGCUGGAUUGCGCUACUGCGGACCUCUAGCUGUUUCUCUGUUGGCCGGAAUUCACAAAAGGUUCGACAAUGUGAUGAGUCAGAAGGACCUGCUGGUUUCCGCUACACUGCUCCCGAGAUUCAAGCUGUCGUGGAUUUCGGAUGAAGCCAAGCGAAAUGCGGCCCUCGCGGCCGUCAAGAGCGAGCUGACAGUCUCUUCGCGGCUUGUCGAGAGCCCGGCUUCCCCACUAAAAGCGAACGCAGCAGAAGAGGAUUUCUUUGGAAACCCGUUUGGAAAUGCAUGCACCUCCGUGUCCGGGGAUGAUGAGCUUUCACGGUACUUUCUGGUACCACACAACUUUGCACUGACGGAGCUAAAAAACAGCUUCCCUCUGAUGCACAAGCUGUUUCUCAAAGUGAACACGGCUGUACCAUCGAGCGCAUCCGUUGAACGCCUAUUUAGCGUAGGCGCGGACGUGUUUACCAAGAAGCGAGGUAGAAUGUCUGAUGCCAACUUCGAAAUUCAGCUGUUGCUGAAGUACAACAGCGGAGUGUGCUUCGGGUAACGGAGGAACUUGUUCACAGCAACUACCGGUACUUCGACAUGUUGUGAAUAAAAUACAUUCAACGUUUCAAUCUCGGCUGGUCUUAAUUUCUUUGCUAAUGAGGGAGGUCGGUUCUUCUGUUAAGUUCCGUGCCAACAUGUCAUAAAUCAGCUUCAUAUAUACUUCCGCGUUUUUCUUUUAACUAUUCGGGUGAAACCCUAAAAAAGAGAGCGUAAUUAAGUUUCCGCAUGGACAUAUUUUAGCUAUGGCGCUUACGCACAUAUCAAACGUCGAAACAGCAAAUG